AUGGUUACUCUUAGCGAUAUACUCAGCGACCUAGUUCGGGUAGAACAAGGAUGGCGGAGAAAAAAUGUAGAUGGUGUGUGGAAGUUUGUACGCUUGGAAGAAAGAUUGAGCAAAGGGAUAAAAAUUCUUGAAGGAGAAGGAGUAGAGGCAGUUCGGUCAAAGGUGAUGAAGGAGCUGCGAAUCAAUGAUAAAGAAGAACACAUCGAGCUUACCUACGAGAUGCCGUAG